AUGACCAAAGUUCAUCCUUUGUUCAUGUCGUUUUUCAUCUCUCCCUUCCCAACAGCGUUGGCAGUCUUUUUGGCAACGAUCGAGCUCGCGGUAGCCCAGAACGAAUUUCCCGGGGUUCGCAGGGCGAAAUGUUCCCCACCCUCUGGCCGUGUGCAGAUCUACGAAGGACAUGACAACGUACUGAUGAAGCGUCUUCAAACGUUGCGUACUGAGAUGCGACGCAGAUCAUCAACGCAGAGCAUGGAGCUGGAUGCAUACCUCGUGCCGGGGUAUGACGAACACCAGUCGCCCUUCCUGAUGGAGGCGGACCAGCGGGUGCAGUUCCUAACCGGGUUCACCGGAUCCGUCGGCGAGGCGGUCGUGUUGCAGCGUACUGCUGCGCUCUGGACCGACGAUCACUUUUUGGCGCAGGCAGAUCUGGAGGUAAAUUGUGCCUGGAAAUUGUUCCGCAAGGGGGAGCACCCGUCGAUCGCCGACUUCUUGCUGAGUGAGUUGAGCCCGAACAUGCGCGUCGGUGGGGACACUCAGCUCAUUCCGCAUCAGCAGUGGAAGAACCUCGAAAGUGAGCUGAAGCCAGGCGUCAUCCGGCUCGUGCCGAUCAACCGCAACCUGGUGGACCUGGUGUGGGGUUAUAGACGGCCGGCCUCGAACGCCCCCAAGGUCCAUGCGGUACGGUUCGCCGGGGAAACCUGGGCAUCCAAAGUGGCCAAGCUGCGUGCCGAACUGACGGCACACCGGUGUGAUGGCAUGAUCGUAACGUCGCUGACCGAGGUCGCCUACCUGCUGAAUGUCCGCGGCAGUGACAUCCCGUACGUGCCGGUGUUUAAGGCUUACCUUCUCGUCACCCACGAACAUCUGUUCCUGUACACCAACACUAGUCGAUUGACGCAUAGUGUCAGUACGCACCUGAAGACGCACUCCUGCCACAAUGCGAACUGCGUGAAAUUGCGUGAGUACGACGAUGUAUGGCGUGAUUUGCGCACCCUCUCCCAACACUGGCAACGGUUCCUUGUGCCUGGACCGAUUGUGUUCGACACUGGUGCGUCGGAGGCGAUCCAUGCCGGUCUGCCCAGCAACAUAAUACUGGAGCGACCAUCGCCGGUCAUCUUCCAGCGUGCGCAAAAGAACGAUGUCGAGAAGCGAGGUAUGCGACAGGCCCACAUCAAGGAUGGUGUGGCCAUGUGCGAGGUGCUUAGUCGACUGGAAGACCGGUUCCUCGCCGGUGACGUCAUCACGGAACUCUCGUUGGCCAGGGAGAUUGAUCACGCACGGAAGAUACAGAACUACUCGGAGGGUAUAGCCUUCCCGACCGCGGUCGCUGCCGGGAAACACUCCGCGAUCCCCAACUAUACGCCAACAAAUCGCACCAACGCGGAGCUGACCGAGAGCAUGCUGCUUAUCGAUUCCGGUGGCCAGUACGAGGAUGGUACGACGGAAGUGUCACGCACGUUACACCUCGGUCAGCCAACGAAGGAGCAGAUCGAGGCGUACACGAACGUGCUGAUCGGUAUGAUACGGCUUUCGAUGCUGACGUUCCCGGACAAUUUGAAACCGGCCGAACUUGACGCCCUAGCUCGAGGGCCCGUUUGGGGCUCGAUGAACGAUUACCCACACGGCACGGGACACGGAAUCGGCUCGUACUCGUCAGUGCGUGAAUCUCCAAUCAGCAUCUCCUACACUGCAAAGCAACGAUACACUUUUAAAGAGGGAUACUUUUUCUCGAACGAACCUGGAUACUACAAACCAAAUGCCUAUGGAAUUCGACUGGAAAACGUGCUCGAGGUUGUCGACACUGGAAAGAUUCAUCCGACCGGGUACAAAUUUCUCGCCUUCCAGGACGUCACGCUGGUGCCCUUCGAGAGGAAACUUAUCGAUCGCACGAUGCUCAGCGUGCCAGAGAUUAAAUGGCUCAACGGUUACAACGCACGCAUCCGGGAAUUCGUCGGAAGUGAGCUGAAAAGGAUGCACAAGAUGGAUGCCUUCUACUGGAUGAUGAACAAGACGAGUCACGUGUGCGAAUCCAACUGCGCCAGUUUUGCAAUAUCGACCUUCGGUCACCUGUCGUUGGGAAAUAUUUUCACUGUCGUCCUACUGCUGGCAAGAUUUACUUUUAAUUGAUGCCAUUGAACAUGAACUCUACUCUUGUUCCACAUUUGAAAGAAAACAAAAUCUAAAUGAAUGAAAAAGUUUCAGUUUCAUAAAUCGAACAUUUGCAAAUUACUUUUCACCAGUGCAUGCUUUCCGUGCCUCCCGUGUUGCGCCAUCGUGCUAGGAUGUUUUAAAAGCCACCAAAUUACAAUACCGAUUGCACGUAAAUUCAAUCAUAAACAGAAGGGAACGAAGAGGAUAAGAUUUAAAUAGUUCUUACGCAAACAUAUUGAACAAAGUUAAGGAAGAUAUUUACAAAUUCAUCGAUGUUGUUUAAUUGUUUUAUGAGUGGUCUUAAGAAAUAUAAGAAGCUAGGCCAUAGGACAAAACAGAGAUAGCGAGUGAUAUCUAAUUUAUUUAAUCUAAUUGAUUACGAACGAGCGAAGGUUUUGAAUGUCAUAUGUUAUCGAAAUAAUAAAUCCUUA